UGCGACUCAGGUCAUUUUCCUUUUACAGUCGCUUGCAGACGGGACGGCAAAUCGGACCAUGUGUUAAGCUGCACCUAAAACAACUGGAGUGCUGUGUGUGUGUGUGCGCGCGCGCGUGUGUGUCUCUCUGUCUGUGUGCGUGUGUGUCUUAUCGUGUGCAUUUCAAAGUUUUCCCUCCUGCCAUUUUCACCCAGCUCUGUGAGGUCUAACUCGGAGGUCUACUUACAACGGUACUUACAUCUUGCUGUUUUCGCGGGCGGUAGAAAAGGUCUUUCAGGUCUGUACGGUUGGUACAUCGUGUGCAUGUGUGUGUGCAAGUGUUUGCUUUAUUAUCCACCGAGCUGUGAAACACGGUGUGCUAACGUGUCAACAACAAUUGCCAAAACCGCGCCGCUUUAAAGGUAAAUUGUUGUACCAUUUCUCGUGAAUGGUUUAAAGUGCUGCUCGCCAUCACCACCACCAAAUAGCAAUCCAAGAGCUCCGUGGUUUUUUUUUAAUUCACGCCCGGUACAUUGCGCUUUUCCUCUCCCUGGGUCUACCCUUAUUGGGCGCUGUGUGCGUGCGUGCGUGCGCCUGUGUAUCCAAGUAAGCGUGAAAGAGUGAAACGGAAGAUUUGUUGUGUUUACCGUUGAGGGUAGGCGCAGCGAAGAAAAGGAAACAAAAAAGUCUCAAUCGAAACCCAUCAAAGGGUUGCUGCUGCUGCUGCUGCUGGGAGCCGUGAACCAAGCAAAACCGGUUCCGAGCAGGGCGGAAGUGAAGCUAAAUAGAAUCAUUCCCUUCGUUUGUUGUUGCCUGCUAGGGAAGCGAAAGUGUUUCGAGUUGCAACGGUGGUGCGUGUGAGCACAAGAGCGAGAGAGAGAGAAAGAAAAAGGAGCGGAAGUGGAUAAUACGCCCGGAAGCAGGAACAACCAGCGAUAGUUUUACUUGUCGAACGAAAAGAAAACACCCCAAAGAACGUAAACGAGAGCGUGCGCAAGCAUCCAGCAGCAUUCGGUGUCAACAAAAGCGACUACUAAAAGAGCUCCAAAAGCAAUGGUGCAAAAGUAUGAAUCUCCCGUUCGGAUCUACAAGUAUCCCUUCGAGCUGGUCGUGGCGGCCUACGAGCGUCGCUUCCCGACCUGCCCGCAGAUGCCGAUCGUGCUCGACUGCGAGAUCAUCGAGGACAACGUGUUCGACAACGGAGCCCGGCGUGACACGAAGCGCCGCUGCAAGAUCGCGGUCGAGGCGCCGUACCUGAUCAAGAAGAUCAUCGGCGUCGAUGUGGUGUACUUCAUCCAGCAGAACUUCCUCGACAUGAAGACGCGCACGCUGAACAUCGAGGCGACGAACGAGUCGUUCGCGACGCGCGUGGAAAUCUUCGAAAAGUGCCGGUACUACGCCCACCCGGAGAAUCCCGACUGGACGUGCUUCGACCAGACGGCAACGCUGGACAUUAAGAACUUUUUCGGCAUCGAGCAUUCGAUGGAGAAGAUGGGCAUGAAGCAGUACACGCAGACCACGCUGAAGGGCAAGGAGAUUAUUGAGUUUUUCGUGAACGAGCUGAAACAGGAGGGCAUCACGCACGUGGAUAGAUGGGUUGAUGAUGCGACCGUCACGUCCACCACAGCUGGAGCAGCAACCAACACAACGCCACCGGAAAAGCCACCGCUCUGCCGGGACAACUCCAUCCUGGACGCCGAUUACAUCGCCAAGUAUCUCGGCCAGCUAACGCCGCUGCAGGAGUCGAAGCUGGUGCAGCUGCGCAAACGGUUCGAGCACGGCACGUCCGAGCACCCGGAACCGGACUACCAGACGCUGUUGCGGUUUUUGCGCGCGCGCGAUUUCAGCAUCGAUAAGGCGACGGGCAUGCUGCAGGAGUCGCUCCAGUGGCGCAAGGAGCAGCGCAUCGACAGCAUACUCGGCGAGUACAAAACGCCGGCCGUGGUGGAGAAGUACUUCCCGGGCGGCUGGCACCACCACGAUAAGGACGGGCGACCUUUGUACAUACUGCGGCUCGGCACGAUGGACGUCAAAGGAUUGCUCAAAUCGGUCGGCGAGGACGAACUGCUCAAGCUGACGCUGCACAUUUGCGAGGAAGGCUUGCGGCUGAUGAAGGAAGCGACCAAGCUGUUCGGCAAACCGGUCUGGAACUGGUGCCUGCUGGUCGACCUGGACGGGCUGUCGAUGCGGCACCUGUGGCGGCCGGGCGUGAAGGCGCUGCUGCGCAUCAUCGAAACGGUCGAGAAAAACUACCCGGAAACGAUGGGGCGCGUGCUGAUCGUGCGUGCGCCGCGCGUUUUCCCCGUCCUGUGGACCAUCGUCAGCACGUUUAUUGAUGAAAACACACGCUCCAAGUUUCUGUUCUUCGGUGGGCCGGACUGUAUGCACGCGGAGGACGGAAUUGAGCAGUACAUCGAUACGGACAAAAUUCCCAGCUUUUUGGGCGGCUCGUGCAAUCCCAGCAUACCGACGGUGGUGGAAACGAUACCGGCUAAACUGUACACACGCUGCUUUCUGGGCGCGUGUCACUGUACGCUAAUCCACGAGGGUGGUUUGGUGCCGAAGCAUCUGUACAAGUCGGAAUCGAUCGAGGAAACGAACGGUGCGAUCCAGGCGCACGAUCAUCACGGCCUGUACAAGGCGGUGGACCUGAAGCCGGGGCAACUGUUCGAGCUGCUGAUACGCAACACCGACCCGAAGAGUGUCCUCACGUGGGACUUUGAGGUGCUGAAGAACGAUACGCUGUUUGCCGUGUUUCACACCGAGAAGGAGAUCGAGCAGAGCGGGAAUGAUGACUUUUCCUCCGUGUUUGAUGGGCCAGACUUUAAGGAGGGUACCAAUUACAAGAAGAUCGAACAGAGUGUUAAAUGCCGCCCGAAGGAAGGUGUACAGGGCUCGCACGAAAUGGCAUCGACCGGUACGUACGUGCUGCAGUGGAUGUGCCCACCGUCCUGCGAUGGGCCAGCGCAGCUAAUGUACUUCCACGAGAUCCUCAGCUCGGCCAACUACAAAGGCUCGAUGACCAGUCUGCAGUCGGGCUUCUCCUCCAACAGCUUGCAGUCGCGAUGAUGAACGCUGAACGAGACUGAACGGCGGGGGAUCACUGCCCUCCAAUCAGUAGUACCACAUGCCGACGGCGGCGACGGUAGCGGUGAGGGUUGCUCCAGGAGCAACCUGUAAUGUUCAAACAGAAACCAGCCAGCAUGCAUGAUGCGUGAUCGCGAUCGUGAAUCUCUUACAAAAUGAAACGUAAUCUCUACUUCUACACAAAAAAUGGCAAAGCUAUAGUUGGAAAAUGGGAAGUUGAAGGCAAACUCAUACACACACAUACACAAAAGGUUGUAAUACAAUGGAAACCAAAAGCAAGGAACGUGAAUCGAAUCGUAAAUGUAAAAAGCUAAAAGUUAUAAACGUGUCUAGAGACAGAGAGAGAGAUGGAAGCAAACAAAAAUCAUUUUACACGCUACCCACACACAACCCUAUAUACUAAGCGCAACAUUUUGCAAUGCAGCAAACACGAGUGAACGAAAGUGAAGCAUAAUCAAUUAGUAGGAUAAUAAUAGUAAUACAAAACAAUCCCCCCUCCCUCCUCAUGCCACGUAAACAAGAAGAUCUCGCCCGUUUUGAUACGGAAGCGUUUCGUUGUAUUCGUACGUACGUAAUCGAAGAUAUUAGACAAACAACACAACCAGCACAACAACACAACAACAUAAAUAUGAAUCUUUCAAGAUGCUACUUCCCUGCCGUCCUUUCUCAAAGUAGGCUGAGCGUGUGCGCGCGACCUAUGUACGUGCGCGUGUGUGUGUCCCCAUGUGAAGCGGACAAUAAUAGUAGGAAUUUACUUGCAAACAAAAUACGUACGUGAUGAAGAGGUGUUGAACGCAAAGGAAGAACAGGAACCUUACGCAGCCAGCAUUCUUGCGCAGCAGUUAGCACGUGAAGAUGAUGUGUGUAGGUAAGUGCAAACGUGUUUUAUUAUUAAGCAAACAAUCACAGACACACCAGCCACGGAAUAGUAAAGAUAUGAGAUAUCAGCUUUUAAAAUCACGAUGCCGUUUUCAAUGUUGACCGUCGUAAUAGAAAUAGCUUUCAUAGACUCACAUCUACAUCUCUAUAUAUAUAGAUAAAGUUAACCCUUAUAUACGCUCAACACUAGAACGCUAUCGACGUGGUGUGCUUAAGGUGUGUGUGUGUCUUAGGGCAAGGGGGUUGCGGGGUAUGGAUGAUUUAAAGUUUAGAGAGAAACCGUUGUGACCGAGAAGAGAGAAAAGGGAACCUUUUUUUGUAAAUGUAUGCGCAGCAAGGUUACGCAGCAAAUUGCUAGGUAGAAUCAAAUUUUAUUUGAAAAAAAAAAAAACAAAACAACCACAAGCAAAGCAUCACUACAGAGGAGCACACAGCCGUAAAGGCGUGCGUGUUUUGUCCCAUUUUUUAAAACAAAAGAGAGAAAGCUUAAUAUUCGCAUCAUUGCUGGUAAAUGGCGAAGAAAUAAUAAGGAGGUGUGUAGGAAUGUUAGAAAAUAAGCAAACAGGUGAUAAUUAAUUACGGCUAAUUUUCGUUACAAACGCGUGUCCGUGUGUGUGUGUGUGCUGUAAAUGAUUUUAUUUUAACGUACUUGUGCUGCAUAAGUGGGAAAGAUCGUCUGAGCGUCACGCGAAAGGGAAUGGAUGAGCGGAAUUUCAUUUAACAAUUAAAGGGCCACAAUGUACUGCUUCGGGCACGUGCAUUGUUAAUGUUUUUGGGGCGAACGUUUUACACAUUAGAAGUGGUUCUUUGUUUGUUGUGGUUUUAUUUUGCAUUAGUUCAGCAAAUAUCAUCAUCACCAUUGAAACAUUUCACCCCAAAACGUAUCUCGCAUUGUUUGCUAGCGAAGUAAGUUACUACACCGAUUGUGCUACACACGUAGCUUUGAUGGCAGCUCGGUUUAGCUCUGCAAUUAUUAAAUUGGGGUAUGCAAUGUAGCUGAUUACCGGGGAAAGCGAUUUCUUUUACUUUUACCUUGCGAAGUAUGUUCAAAUAGUGAGUAGAGCUGAGAGGUGAGAAUACUAUAUAUAUAUUGUCGUUAAAAACGUGUGGCGAAAUUAGCUCAGCACAGUCGUGUGUUGUUUGUAGGUUUUUUGUGUAAGAAAAUACAAAAAAGAAUAGAAUUUUUUACACUUACUGCUAGUUUGUUAAUGGGUAGCAUUUUCACCUUUUUUUGUAAAAUUCAAAAACUACAACCACACAAUAGAGUGUAACCACAUACGAGAUUGAUGAUUAUUGUACAACUUUAUAGACGGCUUUUUUUCCCCAAUUGGUGUUUGUGCGUGUCUCCCGAAGAAGGAGACGCUGGAGAGGAGUUUGUUAGAUUUGCAGCGCUGAUUUGUUCAUGUUGUUUUCUAAGACAU